CAGUAAAUCGGGAGCGGACGAGGGAUGGGUGCCCGCCGAGACGAUGAUAUCUCUUCAUGGCUUUCAGUCUUCCGACCCUCUCAUAUGCACUUGCAGUUGUGUGGGGGCGGCCACCAGCCUUACUUUUGUCAGGAUUCUGGGGACGAUCCCCAGCCUGCCUUGGAGGAGGACGGCAUGCUCUCACCGAUGCAUGGAUAUGGGACACGGAUGAGCCCACCGAGUCGUGGAGAGAGUGAGAGAGAGAGAGAGCGCGAAAAGAGGAGUGACAACACGCCAUAAAGCAACCCUACUCCUUCCUAGCUUUCACCACUCCCCUCUUUCUUACUCCUCCCAAGUCCUUGAUGAGGACCAUCGACAUGGGAAGAAGCACUCCUCGUGACUCCCCGUCCUCCCCUUUCUCUUCCUCCUCCACCAGAAGACACUUCCAGUGGAGGAUAAACAAGUGUCCCAAGGAAGGAGCAGCUGAGAGGAAGGAGCGAGAUGACCAGCCGGAUGAAGAGAAAGCCGCUCCCUCUUUCUUGGCCUCCUCCUCAUCCUGUCCUUGCCGAGAAGAGACGGCCGCCGCUGCUGUGCCCAAGAAGAAGAGGACUGCUUCGGUCGCAGACGCUGCGGUCUCCAGGCUUCGGUCGCUUCUCGCGGCCGCGCCUUUCCUCCGCCGGAACCGGAUGGCGGGCCUCGGCGCCCACGUCACGGGGACGCUCUACGGGCACCGGCGCGGCCACGUCCACCUCGCCUUCCAGGCGGACAGCAAGUCGUGCCCGGUGGUGCUGGUCGAGCUGGCCACGGCCACGAGCGCGCUCGUGCGCGAGAUGGCCUCCGGCCUGGUGAGGAUCUCGCUCGAGUGCGAGCGCAAGUCAGGCGGUGGCGGUGAGAAGGCGGAGACGACAACGGCGACGAGGCUGGUGGAGGAGCCGCUCUGGCGGGCGUACGUCAACGGCAAGAAGUGCGGGUUCGCGGUGCAGCGCGACUGCGGGCCGUCGGACUGGAAGGUACUGAGGGCCGUCGAGCCGGUGUCCAUGGGGGCCGGUGUGAUCCCAGGCGACGGCGGCAGCACCGACAGGGAUGUGAUGUACAUGCGAGCAAGGUUUGAGAGGGUGGUCGGCUCCAAAGACUCGGAGGCCUUCUACAUGAUGAACCCCGACAACAACGGCGGCCCUGAGCUCAGUGUCUAUCUUCUCAGAGUCUAACAACAUCAGACUCUGCUGCUUUGUUUGUGAUAAUAGCCAAACUCCUUAACAUUAAAGUGUAAUCUACAGGUUGUGCUUAGGGUGGGAUGAGUCGCCUUUCUACUUCUUCACUGGCUUGUUUACAGAUCAUGGCAAGCGUAUCACUCGACUGUCAAGUAGAAGAAGAGGAGCUUCCUAUGUUGUUUCGCUUCGGAAGAUGAUUCCAGUAGAUUUCACAGGGUCUUGUCUCUGCCAAACAGCCAGAGGAAUACAGAAACCUCCAUUGCAGACGCUCCUCAAUCAUUGCUGCUGAUGCUGCUGCUGCUGCUGCUGCUGCUGCCAAUUUGAAAUGUUAAAGAGGUUUAAUGGCAGAAGAGCUCCCACUUUGCUAAGGCCAAACAAAGUCCAUUAAGGAUUUCUGCAAGCAUCAUGAUGAUUGCAACCUGCUUUUCUAAAGCUGUAGCAGCAGCAGCAGCAUAAAGUGUGACUUGUGUGGUGCUUUCUUCUUCUCCUCCUCCUCCUUGGAUGCAACAAAUCUUUGUCGUUGGUCAAAGUUUUCACAUUUGAUUCCCUGUAAGCUGCUCUUCAGUACCAUCCAACCCUCAUUAUUUAGGGUACUAUGAUGUCAGAACAAGAAGCAUCUUAUUAUUGUAUGAAGCCUCAUCGGAUCCAUUUUACCGCACGGCUUUUGCCA